AUGUCAUUACCUGAUGAUAUAAUUUAUGAUAUUUUACCACACCUUCAUGAUGAUAUGCGUACUUUGUAUCGAUGUCUUUUAGUAAAUCGUCUUUGGUGUCGAAUAACGGUUCCAAUUUUAUGGUGUCGGCCGUUUACAAUUUCAUCCAAACCUUUUACAAAUAAGCAUCGCACCAGUCGUACUCUUAUAAUACAGACCUAUGUCUCAUGCCUUAACAAAGAUGAAAUUACAUAUUUAAUUCCUUACAAAAUAGAUUUUCUUGACAUCCAAUUGACACUGUUUCCUUAUGAAAAAUAUCUUCAAGAACUUUCCGAUAAUGCCAUAGACAAAGGUGUAAAAGGAUGGUUUCAAGGAAAGAAACUUAUCUUUCCUUUCGUCGAGUAUGAUCAUAGGGCUGAGGCUAUUACAUACGCACUCUGGCGCAUGUUCAUGCGUCAAUGUGUGAAAAUACAAUCGGUAUCUAUCAUGCCUUUGUAUGUUCGAUCUGGUAUAUCGAAUGUACCAAAUUUUUCAGAUGCAAUGACUGCUUUGUCUCAUGUGCGAAGUUUCACAUGUCGUAUUGAUUGGAGUGACAGUGCUGAGAAGUAUCAAAAAACCAUACAAUUAUUACAGAGAUUAAAAUCAGUUUGUAAAAAAAUCACACACAUGAAGGUUUACAUACACGAGAAAGCCGACCCAGGCGUUCUGGAUGCAAUUGUUCAGAUAAUUAAAAUACAAAAAGGUAUCAAAGAAGUCUCUUUUAAGAAUAAUAUGAUUCUGAAAGGAAAUCUUUAUCAAUUUAGGCCACUUUUGGUCCCAGUCAUGGAAUCACAGGCAAACUACGUAACUUCGUUGGCAUUUCGAUCGGUUAAAUUUAAUGAUGUUUCAAUUGCUGCUUUGGCUGGCUUCUAUUCAUUGGAAUCAUUGUGUCUACAGAAAUGUCGAAAUAUGACGAAAGAACAUAGUGUUAUACUGUCUGCAGCAUCAUUCCGUAUAAAGUUUUUAUCUCUGUUGAGGAAUUCUUGGUCAAAUUCUAUUACUGCUGCACUUAUUGCUAAGGCAGGUGUUACUUUACAACAAAUGGUACUGGAUAAUGUUUGCACAGAAACGACACAAGCAGCAUUAAACCAUUGUCCAAACCUUAAUAUUUUAUAUAUAGAAGUAUCAGUUUACAAUUAUAGCCUAAUCACAUGGAUUGGUUCAACAAAAAUUCAGCAACUUGAAGUAUCAUUCGGCGGAAUAUUCCGCUUGUCCACUGAGGACACGGCUAAAUCACUACAAUUAUUAGGAGAACACCUUCCUGCCACUGUGAAUUAUCUAAAAUUGGAUGGGUUAUAUAUUUCUAAUGAGGCAUUUAACGAUUUUAUUAAUAGUUGCAAAGCUCCGUUAUCAACAUUAAUUAUUUCAAUUGAUUGUUAUCAUGAUUUCGAAGAGAGUGUACUCACUGUUCUCGAGUUUGCUUAUAAACAUAAAACUUUGAAGAAAUAUGGGAAUUAUGAUAACAAUAGAGGGCGAUUCCUCAUAAAAUAUGUUGAGAAUAUAUACCUAAAUGCAAGAAGGAAUUCAAUUAAUAGACAUCGAUCCCAUCAUUGGAUUUUUAGAACUUCUUCCAAAAGAUUAUUUAUUGGCUAUAAACAUGUUGCACGAUCAUAUGUUACAAGCAUUUAUUUUACUGGAGCAUAG